AUGGUUGUGGUCAAAAAAGUUGCACAAGAAAGUAUCCUACCAUCAGUGUGUGAAGAUGAAGGUGAAAAAGAAGAGGAGACCCAGAAGUCUAUACAGCAGAGGGGCACCAAAGCUCUGGCGGUUGCCUUGGAAACCAAGACGUCCAUCCUGAAGCUGAGUCUGGGAGAUAAUUCCAUGGAAGGAAAGGCCAGGGCUGCCAAUGCUAGCAUGCUCAAAGCGAAUUGUUACAUCACAGAUAUGUAUCUGUCAGAAAACUGGAUGGGUGAGGAUGGAUCCAGGGCAUUGGCCGGCAUGCUGCUGGAUAACACUGUCCUGCUUUCACUCAACCUCUCAGGGAACCAUCUGGAUGAGAGUGCGGCCAGUCACCUGGCACCAGCUCUGAAUGGCAACCAGAAGCUUUAACACCUCGACCUCAGCCACAACAAAUUCGGAGAAAUGGCAGGAAAAAUCCUGGGUGCUGCUAUUGCCAAGAACACACCAAUGAAGUCACUCAAUCUGGCUUGGAAUUGCAGUCGAGGAAAAGGAGCCAUUGCAUUUGCUAAAGGCCUUUGGGGAAACAUCUUCUUGUGGACCCUGGAAUUGUCAUACAACAGCCUGGGCAAAGAGGAAGCCAUCACUCUAGAGGAAGUACUCAAACACAACAACACACUUGAGGAUCUGAAUAUUGGCAAUAAUGGCAUACCUCUUGAAGGUGCCAUGCAUUUUGCGCUGGGCCUCAAAGUGAACACAACUCUACGAAUUCUCAAAAUGUCUCGGAAUCCGAUGCAGUCAGCAGGGUGCUUCGCCAUUCUAAAAUCAGUAAAGUACAACCCAGAAUAUGCAAUAGAGUUCUUGGACUUCUCUGACAUUAUUGUGGACUUCCAAACAUUCAAGUGGAAAAUGGUGGGAAAAUAA